UGCCAACCAGAGGACCAGGAAUCGGAGGAGUUAUAUGUCCCAUGCAUAUAUCAGCAUAGCAAUGGCUUGUUCCAUUAUGGAGUGAGCUCUAAACUGGGUGUAGAACUUACGGAGAGGAGACAAUGGGGGAAAGCAGCAAUGUGGUGGCAUCGUUGCUCGACAUCGACGAGUCAUCGGGCGCGAUGGAGGAGCUGCUGCAGAGGGAGCCUGUGCCGUCCGGUGUGCUGGUGCGGCUGGCAGCAUGGGAGGCUGGCAACCUUUGGCGCAUCUCCUGGGCGUCCAUCCUCAUCACACUCUCCAGCUUCACGCUCAGCCUCGUCACGCAGAUGUUCGUUGGCCACCUUGGCGAGCUUGAGCUUGCCGGCGCCUCCAUCACAAACAUCGGCAUCCAGGGCCUAGCCUACGGCGUCAUGAUUGGCAUGGCGAGCGCGGUGCAGACUGUUUGUGGUCAGGCCUAUGGGGCCAGAAGGUAUGCGGCCAUGGGCGUCGUGUGCCAGAGGGCGCUCGUGCUCCAGCUCACGACGGCCAUCCCCAUUGCCUUCCUCUACUGGUAUGCUGGUCCAUUCCUGCGGCUCAUCGGGCAGGAGACGGAGGUGGCCACGGCGGGGCAGCUGUACGCGCGUGGCCUGCUGCCACAGCUGUUUGCUUUCGCCCUCUUCUGCCCAAUGCAGAGGUUCCUGCAGGCCCAGAACAUCGUCAACCCCGUGGCAUACAUCACGUUGGCCGUGCUGAUCUUCCACACCCUUGCCUCAUGGCUCGCCGUGUUUGUGCUUGGCUCAGGCCUCCUUGGCGCGGCACUGACACUGAGCUUCUCUUGGUGGGUGCUUGUGGUGUUGACAUGGGGGUACCUCAUCUGGAGCCCGGCUUGUAAGGGGACUUGGACCGGACUGUCCUUGCUCGCCUUUAGAGGCCUUUGGGGAUAUGCCAAGCUUGCCUUUGCCUCCGCCGUCAUGCUAGCAUUGGAGAUUUGGUAUGUACAAGGAUUUGUGCUUCUUACUGGCUUCCUCCCCAACUCGGAGAUUGCACUUGAUUCUCUCUCAAUCUGCAUAAAUUAUUGGAACUGGGACUUCCAGAUCAUGCUUGGCUUGAGCUAUGCAGCCAGUAUUCGUGUCGGCAAUGAGCUUGGUGCUGGCCAUCCAAAGGUAGCAAGGUUCUCGGUCAUCAUGGUUGUCAUGGCGAGCAUCAGCUUCAGUGUUCUUGUGACGUUUAUAGUCGUAAUUCUAAGGUAUCCACUGAGCACGCUGUACACGAGCAGCACCACAAUAAUUGAGGCUGUUAUCAGUCUGAUGCCAUUGUUGGCAAUCAGCAUCUUCUUGAAUGGAAUUCAGCCAAUCCUCUCAGGAGUUGCCAUUGGGAGUGGAUGGCAAGCAAUAGUUGCUUAUGUCAAUGUCGGGGCCUACUAUCUGAUUGGGCUUCCGAUUGGAUGCGUCCUAGGAUACAAAACAAGCCUUGGGGCAGCUGUAACUUCUUCUAUGCCCCCUUUAUGUCUCUGUGUUCAGGGAAUAUGGUGGGGUUUAAUCAUAGGAGUCUCUGUGCAAACGAUAGCCCUGAUUAUUAUCACAGCCAGGACUAACUGGGACAAGGAGGUGGAGAAGGCAAUGCAGCGACUGUGUCGCACAGGAGUUGUUCCAGUCAACGACAUCAUCGCAUGAUAGAACCGGUAUCGAACUGGCUGAGAUUGAUCUGGAGCGAGCUUGUAUGGCAAAGCAGUUCCUGCUUGCUCGGCCAUGGCCAU